AUGGAGAACCAACAAGUUGGAAAUCACGGUCUUCAUUGGACAUCCUCAAUGUCCACCUAUAUGCUUACUCACUUUACCAACGUCGUGGCUAAUGGCACUAAGACAUCAACAUGCUUUAAGACGGUGCAUCACAAUGCAUGUGCUAGAGAUUUAAAUGAUCAUUUCAGGCUUUGUUUGACUGGAGGGCAGAUUGCCAACCAUCUGCGCUAUUGGAAGAAGAAGUGGGCAAAGAUAAUUAGACUUAAAAAUUUCCUAAGUGGUGCACUUUGGGAUGAAGUUAACUUUAUUAUUGGACUUGAUCAUGAGCACUAUACUGAGCAUAUUAAGGGAGAUGUUGAGUUCCUAAACAAACCCAUAGAGCACUACACUGAGAUGGCCGCGAUAUUUGGUAACAGUUUGGCUACCGGACAGUACGCUAAAGGAUCAAAUGAACUUCUAGCGAAAGGUGCUCUAGAAAUUGAUGAUGAUAUUGUUGAUGAGGAUGCUCCAGCUACACCAACUACUCCAGCUACUCCAUCUUCAACUGUCCGUGACCCCUCGGUCCCCAAAGCAGCAAAGAAAGCAAAAACUUAUGCACAACAAAGCAAUGAUAAGCUGAUGGCAACAUUCACGGCUAUUGGUGAUAAGAUUGCUAAUGCUAUAGUUGCAGCUGGUAAGUCCGAUGAUGAGUUGCCUGCUGGACUUUGGAACAACAUCAAAGACAUUCCUGGUUUCCAACCGGCACAUCUUUCUCACUACUAUGCGCAUUUGGUUGAGAAUGUUCGAAUUGCACGUGCUUUCCACUCACUGACUUUGACAACAAGCUGA